CUAGGGUAUUAGAAAUAAUUCAUGAACCCCAUAUGGGUAUCGUGAAAUCUAAAGCGAUGGCCCGUAGUUACGUUUGGUGGCCCGGGGUAGAUGAGGCUGUAGAGGCGGCGUGCCGGGCGUGCGCGGUGUGUGCGGCGCACGCGGACCAGCCGCCGCGCCACGCACCGAGCGCCUGGCCCUGGCCCGCGCGGCCCUGGGCGAGGCUGCAUUUAGAUUACCUGGGACCUAUCAACGGUAAAAUGUAUCUCGUCGUGCUAGACGCCAUGUCGAAAUGGAUCGAGGUAUUUCAAGUGCCCAGUACAGCCGCUAGCUUUACAAUAAAUAUACUUACGGAGUUGUGGAGUAGGUACGGGUUGCCUAAACAGUUGGUGACUGACAAUGGGCCACCGUUUUCCAGUAAGGAAUUUAAAGAGCAUACCAGUCAUAACUAUAUUGAGCACAUAUUCACAGCGCCCUACCACCCCGCGUCCAAUGGGGCCUGUGAGAACGCGGUCAAAACUGUGAAACGAGUGAUAAAAAAAGCUAUAUCGGAACAAAGACCCGUUUUAGAAUCUCUUAAUACUUAUUUAUUGCAUUACCGUAACACAGAACAUUCCACGACGGGAGAAACGCCUUUAAUGCUGUUAAUGAAUCGUAGACUCCGCACUAGGUUAGACGCUUUAAAGCCAGAUAGGGGAGCUAAGGUCCUAGCCGCACAGAAAAAACAAACAGAGGCGGCAGGAGGGACGCAGCGGAGGGUGGAGGCGGGAGACACAGUGUGGUACCGGCAAUACUUACAAGGUGAGAAGUGGGUUCCAGGUACGGUUUUAAAAGAAUUAGGGACAACAAAUUAUAAGGUUAUUGAUAAGGAUGGUAAGGAAGUGCACAGACAUAUCGAUCAGUUGAGACGGAGGACAAGUAGGCUAAGUUCGCUGGCAGGGCCAAAUGAAGAUUUGGUUCAUACUACCCAGGAACUAGUGGUGAGGCCCGAGGAGUUGGGUGAGGGCGAAGGUAAUGGUGAGCUCGAAACGGAGGGAGAAGAAGAGACGUGGCAUGAUGCCGACCGCGAGGAUUCUCAGCCGAGCCCUGCUAAAGCACCAAACGCACCUGUACCGCCCCAGACUCGCACUGAGCGUCAUGUGAGACAAUGUCGUAUAGACAAUCCUCCUAAGUAUAAGUACUAAUUUAAAGGUUACCAUAGGUUAAGUAGAUAAGUACUUCAUUUGGGGUUGUAAUUGUAAUUAAGUGUGGAGGGAUGUAAUGUAGGUAGUUAAUAAAUACUUUGAUAAACGCCUGACAGCGCAGGUAGAUAGAAGACGCAUUCUUGCAAUACACGAAUACUCCUGACGGUUGUGUUUCCUUGUGCUCCUGUAAAUAUAAUUAUCCCGGGGGAUUUAUUGAGUACGUUACAGGGUUAAGCUUAGUUUUUGUAUUUUAUUCACAUUUAAAUAAGGAAAACAGGUCAAAUAUGGCUUAUAUUAUCGUGCGCUGUUUUUAGUAACAACUUAACAAGAUGCUUAGGUACUUAAGGCUGGGGACUGGACGCCAGCGGGGACCGGGCGACAAGCGGCAUUUCACGGCCCUGCAUAUUCGCUCCGUGCAAUUACUGUAAUAUCAUAUCAUGCCCUGUGGGUGUGGGUCAUAUUGCUAAUUUGGCAGUUGCCAAAUAGUAUGAAGAUGUUGUACCACGAAAGUUCAUAUUUUCACCGAAAUGUGCGCUUGCGCCGCCUUCCGUCGCUUGUAUAAUUCCUCUACCACACCAGUUGGUGUGGUGCGAAGUUUCGCACAUAGCCAAUAUGGAAUAAGAAACGGCCAAAUGAACAGACACAGUCAAUGCCAAAGAUCCCUAGAUCUUAUUGUCACUGUGACAAGGUUCAAAAUGGCACAGAUAGUUCCUUGGAAGUAUUUAUUUCCCCUCAACCCGCUGGCGUCCAGACCACAGCCUAAUCAUAUUAGCACGAACGCAACGGGAAAAACUGUUAAUUAUCAAUCGAUUUGGCUCCCGAGCCGGAUAUCCCUCAUUGUUACUACCAUCAUGGGAUCGAACACAUCGGCGGCCCGGUUCUACAACGACAUCAAAAUAUAUUUUCAAUUUCUCAAUUUAAUUAUUGGGUUAUUUCCCGGGGUUGGCGCAUUAUCGUGCGGCAUAUCGAUGGCAAUAUACACUCGCAUAUAUGAUGAAAUCCUUCGGAAAGAGAUGUGGCGGUAUGUUUAAGUACUGUUUUAACAGAAAAUCCACCUACCUACUAACCAACUUAAUAAUUAGAAAGGGAAUAUUCUCAAUUCAUUCGCAUAUUUUUAAAACUGUUUUACGUCACGUUUCUAACCUUUCAGAUCGUC